AUGCCGGCCCCUUUGAAGGAACGCAAGCCUGCUACAGACCCUACCAAGGUCUUCCACUACACGGACUUGCAACGUAAGAAGCCGACGCGCGAGAACGACCCUUAUACGUACAUGCAUGGCUGGAACAACAGACACCAGUCUGAGGUGAUUCCUGGCACCUUGCCAGUCGCUCAGAACAACCCGCAGGAGGUCCGCUUCGGUCUGUACACCGAAGGCAUCACGUACAGUGCCUUCGCUGCACCGCGUGCCCACAACUACAGCACGUACAUGUACCGUGUGCGACCUGCCGCAGCUCACAAUGGGUACAAGAAGAUUGAAUCAAAGGCUCACAUCCAAAAUUGCUUCCUCUCACUGAAUCCCGAAGUCGAGACUCUGCCCGAACAAGCAGAAUGGGCGCCGUUCCCUCUUCCCAAGGUUUUAGAAAAAAUAACCUUCGUUGACGGCUUACAUACGCUCGCGGGUUCUGGGGACCCCAAUUUGAGAGAAGGAAUGGCACUUUACGUUUAUGCGAUCAAUGCAUCCAUGGACAAGCGCGCCUUCUGCAACACAGACGGAGACUUCCUCCUUUGCGCUCAACAAGGAAACCUGGACAUCCAGACCGAGUUCGGAAUGAUCUUUCUUCAGCCUGGUGAGAUCUGUGUCAUCCAAAGGGGAGUGAGAUUUAGGAUUGCGCUUGCACCUGGUGUGGAGAACGCCAGAGGAUAUAUUACAGAGGUUUGGGGCAGUAUGUGGGAGUUGCCCGACCUGGGUCCCCUCGGAGGACAUGGUCUUGCCAACCCCAGAGAUUUCUUGUACCCUGUUGCCCAUAUUGAUGAAGAGUUGACUGGCCAAUGGGAGAUUGUCAACAAGAACAACGGCAAGUAUAAUUGCUUGGAGCAAGACCACAGUCCGUUUGAUCUUGUGGCAUGGCAUGGUAAUGUUGUUCCCUACAAGUACGAUCUCACAAAGUUUGCUUCACAAAACGCAACCAGCAUCGACCACACCGACCCCUCGGUCAACACUGUGCUGACCGCUAAAUCUCGCGACCCAAAUACUCCUCUUGCUGACUUCCUCUGGUUCGGCCCAAGGUGGGACGUCGCUUCCAACACCUUCCGUCUCCCCUACUUUCACAGAAACUCGGCCUCUGAGUUCUUGGCCUGUCUGUAUGGCGAAGGAUUGGGAAGGAGCGACGACUUCCAGCCCGGCGGCGGCAGUUUCGAAGGUGCCCACACACCACAUGGAGGUUUUUCGGACGCCUACGUGGAAGAAAUGCGCAUUCAGGAGAGUGGGCCGAGAAAAAUCCUGGAGAAUCAGAUGACCAUCAUGAUUGAGAGUUCUCGUACUUUCUUGUGGACUGAAUAUGCUCGCGUAGGCUGUGGCACUAUCAACACCCGCGGUACGGAUCCCAAGGUUUGGAAUACCUUGCCCGAUCGCUUUUCCAAUAAUCCAGAAGCCAAGGCGCUUCUAAAGAGAGUGAAGGAGGACAAGAAGUUGAUGGACGAGAGAAACAAGGUUUACUAUGAUGAUGCAGCACUCAGGGAGUUGUUACAAGGCAAGACGAAUGGGAACUGA